AUGCACCGUCGCCCCGUUUCACGCAACGAUCCACGUUACAAACAACUACGUGUCCAAAAUAAUAAGAGUGUCCAAAGAUCACGAGAAAAGUCUCGUCGUGAACGCGAACUCACAUUAGCAUCAAUCGCUCAAUUGGAAAAAGAUAAUGAAGAAAUAAUACAACGUUUGGCAGUAGUAAAAGAAGAAUACGAACAACUGCAAAGUUUAUUUAAACAACACACUGGGAUCGAUAUCGAACAAAUGAUCGACUCCGAACCAAAAUCAACCGCCAAAUCACCUAGUGUACCAUUUCAAUCAAAGGAAAACUCGCCGAACGCGGUCCUAACGAUUAACACAACCGAAAAACAACAAUCAGAAAAAGCUGAACUUGACGCAAAUAAUCUCGAUGGCUCGAUUGUACUCAUCAAUGGUGUUCAAUACAAGAUCGUUAGCUUAAAUAAAACUUAA